UCGUAGAUACGCAGUUCCAAACUACAACAACGAUUGCCUCCUGCCUGGCCCAUCAUCGAGUCACCCAUCGGUUCUCACGAGCAGUCUUCCUUUUCCAUCCCUACAGAGGACCACAAUAAAUUUUUUACCAAAUUUUCAACAAUGAAGGUCUCUGCCGCAGCUAUUCUUCUUUCCCUCAGCGGUGCUUCCGCCUGGUCCCAACCUAGCCGUCGGGACCUCCGAUCGCUCGGACAAAAGACGGUUUCUAUGCAAACCACUUCCCGCACUAAUGGAAACACCAUGAAGAUGGAAGGUGCGUACUUUGAAAAGAUUACUGAAAACAACUCGAGUUAUGUCCAGAACACAACUGGCAUAUAGAUGGUGGCAGGAGACUUUGGUACAAAUAGGAAUGCUGUUAUGGAACUGCUUUGCGUAUYAUUUGAAUGGAGAGUUGCAGUUCCAAUUUAGAAUCUUUCGUAGAUUGACUCUCGAGGCCAUGGUUCGUACCGUGUCCGAUGGAGAACGAGCGUGAGAUGUGGAACCUUAUUGAAAGACCAAAAAGAACACAACAAUUUGCGAACKCCCAAAGUUCUGRUUCAAAGCUUCUGAUUUGUACACUUGUUGUUAAUGCAACACGCUACACACCGUCCUGACGAGGCUUGGCUUGUAUUUAWAUGGUUUGAUGGGUGUAAUCAGARAAGACRAAGAAACUCACGCACAUUCGUAUUCUAUGCAUCAACUCCAAUGCUCCGUUUCUAUUUUGUAUCAAUGUAACUCUCUGCUGUAAACAUAUCGACUCAUCCGUAUUUAUUUAUUUCUUUUUUGUUGAUCGCAUUCUUUGCUACAAUGCACCACAGAUUUCGGUUUCCUCAAGGGAACCGGAAUUGGAUUCGAAGACCUUUGGGAAGGAGAGGAAGUCAUCUCCGAGUCCGCCCUCGAAGCCCGUCUCAACAAGGACGGACUCCGAUUCCGCAUGAACCGAACUCCCGAGGAAGCCGACGAAGUCGGACGCCUCGAGGGACUUCCCGGAGUCACCGUAAACCUCCCCAUCAUUGGUGAGACUUUCUUGGGACCCCCCAAGGUCGAAUCCAUCUGGGAGGCCAUUGGAUUCACCGCCACCUCCAACAACGAGGCCCGACAGCUCGAAAAGAAGAAGGCCAUCGAAAAGUGCAAGAUCGCCAAGGAGGGUGUAAGCGAGAACCAAACCAUGUUCGGACCAGGAGGCGGUGGUGCCGAUACCCGAAAGGACUGGCUUGACAAGUACGGAUACCCCCGACUUGUCGGAACAGGAGGAAUCUUCUACGCYGAYCAAUUGUCCAGCGACAAGGAACCAUCGGGUGGAUUCAACAUGGGAAAAUCCGGAUCCAUCUGGCCUGUUCCUGAUGUUGUCAAGGAAGGACAAUAUGGAGGCAGCAUGGGAUGGGGUAUGAAGAAGAAGGGACCCGCCGUUGACGGUCUCGCCAAGGAAAAGCUUUAAACAGAAAGCYACUGCCCAAAACUCUACUUACAUCCCAUUAGCCUAGCACAGCAYGGCAACCCAUACUGUGUMAUGGUGCCUACUUUUCGAUGCAGUGAUGACRCUCGUKCUGAAUACAACAAACGUACUACGAUAGCAUCAUUCAUAGCCUCGUUGUGAUAUAGAUUUCAUUAUUACUUUUAAUAUCACGACAUGUAUCAUUGCCUUACAAGAACGAAGCCUUGGACGCKUUUCUCCAGUCGUUACUCGCUGUGAUAAAAUGUACRUUGUGAU